UCUGUCUGGAACAAUCGGACAUUUAAAUGUCAGCACAAGUCCUUCGUUUGGGAGAAACGGUUGGUUGCGUGAACUCUUUCCCAAGUGAGAAGCAAUGUCGGCUAUCUUCAACUUUGAAUCGCUGUUACUGAUUAUCCUGCUACUCAUUUGCACUUGUACAUAUGUUAGAGCACAAGCGCCAUCACUGCUCGAUGGUAACAAAACUGGCGUAUUGGGUUUAUUCUGGAAAGCAGCGCGUAUAGGGGAACGGCUGAGUCCAUACGUAUCCCUUGCCUGUAUCAUCAUGGGUGUCAAGAUCAUGAUUUCCUAGUGCUUUAUUAUUGUGUUGUUGCUCAGAUUAUCAACAAUCAUGAGUUUGGUUAUUUAUAGUGUCUUUCGAUUGUGUCGAUGCUGCUAGACAUAGCAACAACAUUGUCAAUAUUUCAGGGUUUCCUCAUUU